CGGAUUACGGUUGACGGUGAUCCUGGUUCUCCGUUAACAUCCAGCCUUUCCGUCGUCGUUCCGUUCCUCCGGGCUGUCUGCGAGCCGCGGAGCUGCUGCGGGUCUCUGCCGGGUGGAAGCGCCUCCCCGCCGGCCUGCAGGAGCGGCAGCAGCCGGGGUGGACGCGCUGGAGCUCGCUUCUCUGCCGGGUUCUCUGCGGGGUUCGGAUGCGGGGUUCGGAUGCGGGUUGACGGGGAUAAAUCGGCGCUAUAAUCUGCGGAUUUCCAGUGAAGCAGCGAACAGACGGCGGCAGGAGUCAGCGGAGGGAUUUUCUGUCAUUUCUGCCUCCGUUUGUGGAAUUACCUUAAAUUCAGAAUAAAUGGAGCUCGGUCAGAAUAACAGAGAUUACAUCAUGUCUCCCACAGACUGUAUACAUUAUUAUUAUUAUUAUUAUUAUUAUUAUUAUUAUAUGCAGCCUGUGAUGUCUCCACACUGAAAGCUCAUUUUAAUAUCUACAGUCGGCUGCUGUCACACAUUAUUUAUUUAAUUUUUCAUGGUGACCUUCCACCUGAAACCGUUCUGUAAUCUUCAAUAUUUGCUGAUAUUUGUUGAAACCAUCAUAAUAAUUCUGGGAAUGUUCCUGUUCGGGUUCCAGAAAACGUUCUCAGCAGGUUCCUCUUGUUAAAGUGUUCCUGCAGGUUCCUUGAACCAGAACAGAGGAACCACAUCUUUUAAUAAAACAGUUUGAAACGUUAGUAAGAACCUCACAAACUUAAGAACGCUUGUUUUGGGUUCAAAUAUUUAAGAUAUCAGGUGCAUUUAUAUAUUUUUCUCCCUCGAACUAUGCAGAAACUUUAAACAAUCUCCUGACCCCAAAACAACCUCCUGAAAACCUGUCUGAGGUUAUAAAACACUAGAAUAUACGUUUAUAGUGACUUUAACUGUAAUUAAAUCUACUGUAACAAACUGUCAGCAGAGCUUUAAGAACCUGAGAGGAACAUCUCUGACACGUUUUAGAUAUUUUAAUAAAACAGUGAAACAUUAGCAACGAUCUCAUAACCUCACUAAAACGUUCUCAGAACAUUCCCUCAACUAAACAUAUUUUGUUGGGUUGUUGUGAGAAUUCGUAGAGAUUAAUAAGGCGAUAAGGUUUUAUAUGUGAUUUUUCUAACAAAACUCCAAAUCUAGUGAAACGAAAACUGUUCUGAGCUUCAGGUCGACUCCAUGUUUUUAUCUAUAAAGUGAUGAAAUAACAGUACAAACAUCCUCUCGCAUGUUUUUUAGGACAGUUAUAGUUUAAUUUCAUGAGGUUUGUUUAAAUAAUCUGAUCAUCUGAUCAGCUGGUAUCUGCUCGUGUCAUCAAUGAUAGACAGAAUGGAGACAUUUCAUUACGACGUCCGAUCAAAACAUUCAUUUUUGCAUCUGACUAAAUUUCGUAGAAGUGUGACAACUUUGUGUUUGGAUGCUUAGAGGCUAAAAUAUCUGAUAUGUUUUAGUUCAGGCUCUGGUUUGAACAACCAUCCUGACCGACUCUAAAACCUACAAUAAGAUUAAUUUUAGUAGAAAUAAUCCUGAGUUUCCAACAGAUUAUCGUCCUGCCAUCGGCUCUGAACGCUCCUCGUCCUCCUUAAAAGUAAAACCUGCAGAUUAAAAACUGCUUCAGUCAUUAACGUUAAAACUACCUGAUGUAGCACAAACUAGAGUCCUGUAGUGCUGAAACUUACACAUAAAUAUAUAAACUUCAGCCUUAAUGUGUCCUGUUUAUUAUUUUAACUGUGAAAAAGUGACAGAAAGUAAAAAUUAAAACUUUUGUCCAUGAAUCUUCGGCUUCAUCACCAGUUAGAAACAAGAACUUCUGCUGAGUUUGGGCGACUUCGCUAACAUCAGCUAGCAGGCGCUAAACUGCAGGUUGGAAUUAUGGGAAGUGUAGUUGGAUGUUGCACAUGGACUACAGCUCCCAUCAGCCCGAGGAUCAGACUGUGACGGACUCUGUUCGGACUGUUUCUAUGUUUUCGUAGCAGAUGCUGUCAGACGUUUGCUUUUCUUUCUUCGUGGAGUUUUAACGUCGAGUCUGAGCCGCCAUGUCGGAUAAGACGGCGCCGCGCUGCCAGCUGAGGCUGGAGUGGAUCCACGGCUACAGAGGUCACCAGUGUCGCAACAACCUGUACUACACCGCCGGGAAAGAGGUGGUGUACUUCGUGGCCGGGGUGGGCGUGGUCUACAACACCCGGGAACACACCCAGAAGUUCUACCUGGGUCACAAUGAUGACAUCAUCAGUCUGGCGAUCCAUCCAGAUAAGAUCCAGGUGGCGACGGGUCAGGUGGGGAAGGACCCGUACAUCUGUAUCUGGGACACCUACGCCAUGCAGACCGUCUCCAUCCUGCGGGACGUCCACACGCACGGCGUGGCCUGUCUGGCAUUCGACUCGGACGGACAGCGGCUGGCGUCCGUCGGUCUGGACGCCAAGAACACGGUGUGCGUUUGGGAUUGGAGGAGAGGACGAGUCCUCGCCACGGCGACCGGACACUCAGACAGAAUCUUUGACGUGGCCUGGGAUUCGUUCCAGUCCAGCCGACUGGUCAGCUGUGGGGUCAAACACAUCAAGUUCUGGACUCUGUGUGGGAACGCUCUGACUCCGAAGCGCGGGAUAUUCGGGAAGACGGGAGACCUGCAGACCAUCCUGUGUGUCGCUGCAGCCAAAGACGAGCUGACGUACUCCGGAGCUCUGAACGGAGACGUUUACGUCUGGAGAGGAAUCACUCUGAUCAGGACUGUACAGGCUGCACACGGGGCAGGGAUCUUCAGCAUGCACGCCUGUGAGGAAGGUUUCGCCACCGGAGGACGAGACGGCUGCAUCCGACUCUGGGACGUCGACUUCAAACCCAUCACCAAGAUCGACCUGAGAGAGACCGAGCAGGGAUACAAAGGUCUGUCGAUCCGCAGCGUGUGCUGGAAGGCCGACCGGAUCCUCGCGGGGACGCAGGACAGCGAGAUCUUCGAGGUCAUGGUCCGGGACCGGGACAAACCGGUUCUGCUGAUGCAGGGUCACAGUGAGGGCGAGCUGUGGGCGCUGGACCUGCACCCCAAACAGCCGGUCGCUGUUACCGGGAGCGACGACCGCUCUGUCAGGCUGUGGAGUCUUCCUGACCACACUCUGCUGGCUCGCUGUAACAUGGAGGAAUCAGUUCGAAGUGUUUCCUUCAACAACGAUGGUUCUCAGCUCGCUCUGGGCAUGAAGGACGGAUCCUUCACCGUGCUGCGAGUCAGGGACAUGACGGAGGUCGUGCACAUCAAGGACAGGAAGGAGGUGAUCCAUGAGCUGAAGUUUUCUCCGGAUGGCUCCUUCCUGGCGGUGGGAUCAAAUGACGGGCUGGUGGACGUCUACGCCGUGGCCCAGCGCUACAAGAAAGUGGGCGAGUGCUGCCGCUCCGCCUCCUUUAUCACACACCUGGACUGGUCGGUGGACAGCCGCUUCCUGCAGACUAACGACGGCGCUGGAGAGCGGCUCUUCUACAGGAUGCCAGCAGGGAAGCUGGUGCCUAAAGAGGAGGCGAAAGGGAUCCACUGGAUGAAGUGGACGGGCGUCAUCGGGCCAGAGGUUAACGGCAUCUGGCCCAAAUACUCCACCAUCACCAACGUGAACUCUGUGGAUGCCAACUACAGCAGCGCCGUGCUGGUGACCGGCGACGACCUCGGCCUUGUCAAACUCUUCAGGUUCCCCUGCCUCAAGAAAGGAGCCAAAUUCAAGAAGUACAUCGGUCACUCUGCCCAUGUGACAAACGUUCGCUGGUCCAAUGACCUCCAGUGGGUCGUCAGCACUGGUGGCGCCGACCACGCCGUCUUCCAGUGGAGGUUCCUGCCUGAAGGCGUCAUGAACGGUGUCCUGGAGCCCCUCCUCCAAGAGGGGUACGCCGACUCCAACAGCGGAGAGUCGGACUCUGACGUGUCGGACGUCCCAGAGCUCGACUCAGACAUCGAACAGGAAGCUCAGACCAGCUAUGAACGUCAGGUGUACAAGGAGGACCUGCCUCAGCUGAGGAAGAAGCUGAUUGGUUCCCUGAAGAGGCAGAAAGCUCCGGAGGAAGGACUCCGGCUGCAGUUUGUUCACGGUUACCGGGGCUUCGACUGCCGUAACAACCUGUUCUACAGCCAGGCGGGGGAAGUGCUGUACCACGUGGCCGCCGUUGCCGUCGUCUACAACCGGCUGCAGCACAGCCAGAGGUUCUACCUCGGCCACGACGACGACAUCCUCAGCCUCACCGUCCACCCGCUCAAAGACUAUGUGGCCUCCGGGCAGGUGGGCAGAGACCCGGCCAUCCACGUCUGGGACAUCCAGACUCUGAAGUGUCUGUCGCUACUCAAAGGACACCACAGCAGAGGGGUGUGCGCCCUGGAGUUCACAGCGGAUGGGAAGAGUUUGGUCUCUGUGGGAAUCGAUGAAUUUCACUCCAUCGUCAUCUGGGACUGGAAGAAAGGAGAAAGACUGGCCAAGGCCAGGGGUCAUAAAGACAAAAUCUUUGUGGUGAAGAGUAAUCCGUUCAGGAUGGACAAACUGGUGACUGUGGGGAUGAAGCACAUCAAGUUCUGGCAACAUUCAGGUGGCGGUCUGACGUUCAAACGUGGGAUUUUUGGGAACCUAGGGAAGCAGGAGACGAUGAUGUCGGCGUGUUACGGUCGGUCAGAGGACCUGGUCUUCUCCGGAGCCACAAACGGAGACGUUUACAUCUGGAGAGACACGACGCUCAUUAAGACCAUCAAAGCUCAUGAUGGCCCCGUGUUCGCCAUGUGCUCUCUGGACAAGGGUUUUGUGACGGGGGGGAAGGACGGCAUCGUGGAGCUCUGGGACGACAUGUUUGAAAGAUGUCUGAAGACCUACGCCAUCAAGAGAGCCGCUCUGUCCCCGUCGUCCAAAGGUAUCACACACCUGAUCUCACUUUUUAUUUCUUCACAUUUAAUGUUACAGCAUCUGAACCCAGCUGUUUAUAAAUCAGGGCUGCUGCUGGAGGACAACCCGUCCAUCAGAGCCAUCACUCUGGGUCACGGUCACAUCCUGCUGGGGACCAAGAACGGAGAAAUCCUGGAGAUCGACAAGAGCGGACCGAUGACGCUGCUGGUUCAGGGUCACAUGGAGGGGGAAGUUUGGGGUUUGGCGGCUCACCCUCUGCUUCCUGUCUGCGCCACCGUCAGCGACGACAAAACCCUGAGGAUCUGGGAGCUUUCAGCCAAUCACCGCAUGGUCGCCGUGCGGAAACUCAAGAAAGGUGGCCGCUGCUGCUCCUUCUCUCCUGACGGUAAAGCUCUGGCGGUUGGUCUGAACGAUGGCAGCUUCCUGGUGGUGAACGCCGACACGCUGGAGGACAUGGUGACCUUCCACCACCGCCGGGAGCUCAUCUCCGACAUCCGCUUCUCCCAAGACGCAGGGAAGUACCUGGCCGUGGCGUCCCAUGAUUCCUUCGUGGACAUCUACAACGUCCUGACCAGCAAGAGAGUCGGCAUCUGUAAAGGAGCCGGCAGCUACAUCACGCACAUCGACUGGGACGCCCGAGGUAAACUUCUGCAGGUGAACACAGGAGCCAAAGAGCAGCUGUUCUUCGAGGCUCCACGAGGACGCAAACAGAACAUCAGUGUGGCCGAGUUUGAGAAGCUCGACUGGGCGAGCUGGACGUCAGUUCUGGGUCCGACCUGCGAGGGAAUAUGGCCGACGCUCAGCUUUGUCCACGCCACCUCGCUCACCAAAGACCGCAAACUGCUCGCCACCGGAGACGACUUCGGUUUCCUCAAACUGUUCAGCUUCCCGUCCAGGGGCCAGUUUGCAAAGUUUAAGAAGUACGUGGGUCACAGCACCAACGUGACCAACGUGCGUUGGUCCAAUGACGACUCCAUGCUGCUGUCAGUGGGCGGAGCCGACACGGCGCUGAUGAUCUGGACCAGAGAGCCGCCGGGACACAAAGAGAGCAAAGCCGUGGACAGCGAGGAGUCGGACGAUGACACCGAGGAGGACGGAGGGUACGACAGCGACGUGGCCCGAGAGAAGGCGGUGGACUACGUCACCAAGAUCUACUCGGCCAGCAUCAGGAACAUGUCAGGAACCAAACCUCACCUGCAGCACAAAGAGCUUCCUGUGGAGGAGAGACCUCCUGUGAGCCGAGCGGCACCGCUGCCCGACAAACUGCUGAAGAAUAACGUGAUCAAGAAGAAGAAAGCGGUGGAGGAGCUCGUGUUGGAGCACGUGUUCGGAUAUCGAGGCUUUGACUGUCGCAACAACCUGCAUUACCUCAACGACGGCACCGACAUCAUCUAUCACACCGCCGCCGCCGUGGUCAUCCAGAGCCUGUCCUCCGGAACUCAGAGUUUCUACCUGGAACACACGGACGACAUCCUGUGUCUGACUGUCAAUCAACACCCCAAAUACCAAAACAUCAUCGCUACGGGACAAAUCGGUGACAUCACUGACCUGCCAGGUCUCGCCCCGUCCAUCCAUGUGUGGGACGCCAUGACCAAGCAGACGCUGUCCAUCCUCCGUUGUUCUCAUGCUAAAGGUGUUGGCUACGUCAACUUCAGCGCUACAGGAAAGCUGCUGCUGUCUGUCGGUGUGGAGCCUGAACACGCCAUCACUGUGUGGAGGUGGCAAGAAGGCACCAAGGUGACCAGUAAAGGCGGCCACGCUGAGCGGAUCUUUGUGGUAGAGUUCAGACCGGACUCUGACACCCAGUUUGUGUCGGUGGGAAUCAAACACAUCAAGUUCUGGACGCUGGUCGGAGGUUCGCUCAUGUACAAGAAAGGAGUGAUCGGCUCGGUGGAGGAUGGACGCAUGCAGACCAUGCUGUCUGUGGCCUUUGGUGCUAACAACUUGACAUUCACUGGUGCUAUAAACGGAGAUGUGUACGUAUGGAGGGAGCACUUCCUGGUGCGGGUGGUGGCGAAGGCACACAGUGGUCCAGUCUUCACCAUGUACACCACGCUAAGGGAUGGACUCAUCGUUACCGGGGGGAAGGAACGGCCCACUAAAGAGGGCGGUGCUGUGAAGCUUUGGGACCAGGAGAUGAAGCGUUGCAGAGCGUUUCAGCUGGAGACCGGCCAGCCGGUGGAGAAUGUCCGAUCUGUCUGCAGAGGGAAGGGUAAAAUCCUGGUGGGAACCAAAGACGGUGAGAUCAUUGAGGUUGGAGAGAAGAACGCUGCCUCCAAUACAAUGAUCAAUGGACACACUCAAGGAGGGAUCUGGGGUUUGGCGACUCACCCUUUCAAAGACGUCUUCAUCUCCGCCAGCGAUGACGGAACCAUCCGGAUAUGGGACCUGGCUGACAAGAAACUACUGAACAAAGUGAGUUUGGGUCAUCCCGCCAAAUGCACAUCCUAUAGCCCCAACGGAGAGAUGGUUUCCAUCGGCAUGGAGAACGGAGAGUUCAUCGUCCUGCUGGUAAACUCCCUCACUGUCUGGGGCAAGAAGAGAGACCGCAGCGUUGCCAUCCAGGACAUACGAUUCAGUCCAGAUAACCGGUUCCUGGCAGUGGGUUCGGUUGAAAGUGCUGUGGAUUUCUAUGACCUUUCUCUUGGACCUUCCCUCAACCGGAUUGGUUACUGUAAAGACAUCCCGGGCUUCGUCAUCCAGAUUGACUUCUCUGCUGACAGCAAACACAUCCAGGUGUCCACCAGCACCUACACUCGGCAGGUGCACGAAGUUCCUUCUGGGAAGGUCGUCACAGAGCCACUUGUCAUUGAGAGGAUCACCUGGGCUACCUGGACCAGCAUCCUGGGUGACGAGGUUCUCGGUGUUUGGCCCCGUAAUGCUGAGAAGGCCGAUGUUAACUGUGCUUGUGUUUCCCACGCUGGCCUCAACCUGGUGACCGGAGACGACUUCGGCCUCAUCAAGCUCUUUGAUUUCCCGUGCUCGGAAAAAUUUGCUAAACACAAGCGUUACUUCGGUCACUCUGCUCACGUGACCAACGUUCGCUUCUCUUGUGAUGAUAAGUACGUCAUCAGUGCCGGCGGCAGUGACUGCAGUUUAUUUGUGUGGAAAUGCCAGUGAAUCCUCCAGAAUCUUCCAUCAGUCCUUCUUCUUCUCCUGUGAUGCUGCACUCACCUGAUGCUUCAGUCCCUUUACCUGAAAACACAGGACAGGACGUCUGAACACGAACUGAACCAGUCUGUGAGCUGAUGCUGCCGUGUGGGAUCGAACCUGUGACACUUUGCUGUGGGACACGCUGUCCCCUUACUACUGUCUCUUAGUGUGACGUCAUUCUUCAUGUACAGAUGAUCUUGUUAAAUAUGUCAGAAAAGAUGAAAAAAAAAAAGAGAAAAGUGCAGUUUUUCUUUAAAAGAAGUGGUAGCUGUAUCAUGUAGCAGUGUUUCCAGUGUCAGUAUGUGCCUUUCUCACAAACUCUGACCAAACAUUUGAUACAACUUUAUUUAUAAUUGUGGUGCUAUGAAACGUGAUCAUUUAGGGCUUUUACAAAUAUGGAUGAUGAGUACUGUUGUUGUAUUGUUUGUUUUGUAUCUCGUACUGUAUGAUGAUGAUGAUGAUGAUGAUGAUGAUGAUGCAGUUAUAUUUCUCUGCGCUGAGCUGAGCGGAUGCAUCAGGCUGCUCGUACAAAACUGAUGUAAAAAAAAAAAAAAAGAAUAGAGGAAAGAUGGAUCUUUGUUUGAUCCCAGUUAUAAAAAUGGAUAGUUUA